AGUUCUGCACGGAACACGCACGAUAUACGUUGAAUAUGACGGAUAAAUCUCGCGGCGCUGGUUUGGACCUUUCCAAGAGACUCACAAAUUACAAGCGGGCCAACGACAUAAGUCUUCGAAAAUGCGCCCAUUGUCCCGACUACACGUUUCCUGUACGCCCCUCGAGGGAAGACGUGGAGCGUCACUUCCUAGAGUCUGGCCAUACAUUAAGGGACAACAAGCACGCCCAGCGUCGAACCAACCACAGUCCGCAACCGAUCAACAUACAACAGCAUCAAAAGACAAUGCGGACCCGAGUACUCAGACGUCCGUUGCCGGGCACGAUAGGCAAGGAGCCACCAGCCCCUCUUCGGAAAAGAAUAAGAGGAAAGAUGGGGAUCAUAGGUCUUCGCAUCCAAAGCGUAGUCGUGCUCGACAGCAACCACAGGCUUCUGGUGCCAGCCAUGCUGAAGACAGUGACUUCCAAAGAGACCCGGCACACAAGGCUGGUAGAUUAUGGACUCCUGAGGAGGGAGCAUCUACGCCUCGACGGAUCGACGGCGGGCGAUCCAAGGAGAAAGAUGGAGACGCGCCCAAUUAGCCAAGAACAGCUUGUUGCUGAGGUAAAAGGCAUAUAUGCUGGGCUCGUCAUGGUUGAAUCGAAAUGUAUCGAGGUCGACAACGC